AUGUCGACUCUCGAGGAGCUCGAUGAUCUCGACCGCCGAGACAAGGAGGAGAAGAAGAGAGAUGGCGACGACAAGAAAGAGAAGAAGCCUACUGAUGGCGACGCCGACAUGCAAGAUGCAGAGGAGGAGGAGGAGGAGGACGAUAUCCUUGACGAUGAGAUCCUGGGGCUGAGCACACAAGACAUUCAAACCCGCAAACGCUUGCUAGAGAACGAUUCUCGCAUCAUGAAGAGCGAGUUCUCGCGGUUAUCACACGAGAAGGCCGCCAUGGGCGAGAAGAUCAAAGAGAACCAGGACAAGAUUGCUAACAACAGACAACUCCCGUACCUCGUCGGCAACGUCGUUGAGCUGCUUGACCUGGACCCUACGGCCGAAUCAUCAGAAGAGGGUGCCAACAUUGACCUGGAUGCCACUCGAGUUGGAAAAUCAGCUGUCAUCAAGACGUCCACACGACAAACAAUCUUUCUCCCUUUGAUUGGCCUGGUCGAUGCCGAUAACUUGAAGCCUGGCGACCUCAUUGGUGUGAACAAGGAUUCGUAUCUUAUUCUCGAUACGCUUCCGGCCGAGUACGACAGCCGCGUCAAGGCUAUGGAGGUGGAUGAGAAGCCCACAGAACAGUACACUGAUGUUGGUGGACUGGAUAAGCAGAUUGAAGAGUUGGUGGAAGCAAUCGUUUGGCCCAUGAAGGAGGCUGAGCGUUUCAAGAAGAUUGGCAUCAAGGCCCCAAAAGGUGCACUGAUGUAUGGCCCCCCAGGUACAGGCAAGACUUUACUAGCACGAGCCUGUGCAGCACAGACGGACGCUACAUUCUUGAAGCUGGCAGGUCCCCAACUGGUCCAGAUGUUCAUUGGUGAUGGCGCCAAGCUCGUACGGGACUGCUUUGCGCUGGCUAAGGAAAAGGCUCCUGCGAUUAUUUUCAUCGACGAGUUGGAUGCGGUUGGUACCAAGCGCUUCGACAGCGAGAAGAGCGGCGACCGUGAAGUACAGCGAACCAUGUUGGAGCUACUGAACCAGCUCGACGGUUUCGCCUCUGACGACCGAAUCAAGGUGUUGGCUGCAACAAACCGAGUCGAUGUUCUUGAUCCUGCGCUUCUACGAUCUGGCCGCCUCGAUCGCAAGAUUGAGUUCCCCCUGCCAAAUGAGGAGGCCCGCGCUCAAAUCUUGAAGAUCCAUUCCCGCAAGAUGAAGGUUGACCCCGGUGUCAAUUGGGGUGAGUUGGCCCGAAGCACGGAUGAGUUUGGAGGUGCUAUGUUGAAGGCUGUUUGUGUGGAGGCUGGUAUGAUUGCUUUGCGAUCAGGCAAGAACAAGAUUGGUCACGAGCAUUACGUUGAUGCCAUUGCUGAGGUGCAGGCCAAGAAGAAGGAUACGGUCAACUUCUACGCUUAA